AUGUCCAUAAUCCAAUCUGCUGGAAAAGGCGUCACCCAGGUUGUUGAACGAUGCGAAGCAGCCAAAGAAUCUGGUUUUUUAGAUCUCUCUUCUUGCCAACUGAUGUAUAUGGCUGAUGCAGUGUAUAUGCUUAUAAAGGGUCAUGAAAUCACUAGAAUCAGCAUCCAGGACAAUUCCAUGAAAAAGUUCCCGAAGAAAUUAGUGAUCAAGUUUCCAACUGCCACUAUCCUCAAUAUGGCGAACAACGAAAUCACCGAACUCCCUGAAGAAAUCUCCUCGUGGACCAGUCUCAAAGGCCUGAACGCCGCAAAAAACUCGAUGACGAAGUUUCCAGAAGCAAUUCUACCAUUGAAGAAUUUGAUUCACCUUGAUCUGAAUGGGAAUGAUAUAAAUGAAAUCGAAGUGGUACUUCUAUACUCGUCACUUCCAAAUCUAAUCAAAUUAAAUUUGGCGGGGAAUGUGAAUCUGAAAGAAGAGUAA